CAGCAUGAAAAGUGGCAGUGGUGGUAGGAGGGCAGUUGGACUGGACGAUCUUAGAGGUCUUUUCCAACCUGAACGAUUCUAUGAUUCUGUGAUUCUCUAUACCUCUUCAUACAAAACCACAUGCAUCAUUUGCUGUCAAUCUCUAUAGCACCUCUCGAAUCCGGUGCUAACAAAAACCAGCCCAACGCUGUUGACUUCAGCAGAGCAGAUCCGCAUCUGAUAAUACUCUCACCACCCCCAUGUCCUUCAGAACUGAUGCUGUCAGACUCUCACAGAGUUAACUAUUACCAAUGGAAUCACCUCUGCUUUUUAACAGCUGUGGUGCUUUUUUUUUUUUUUUCUUCUGGCCUCCAUUAUCAUUAUUAUUUCAGCAAUAAUGUAAAGGUAUGUGAAUGCUCUCUAGAAGAAAUCACAGCAGUCCUAUAUAAAAACCAACAUAAAAUGCUAUCCUCGCCUUAAAAAGACUCCAUUCUAAGCUGAAAGAUCAGGAAUAGGGCAAAUACGUUCUCGAUUGAGGUGUAUGUGUAUAGAUACAGCAUAGACAAGCAAUGUCUAUGACCAGCACCAAAUAAAAAGGAGGAGGUAUGUUUGCAACACUGAUUUCAGCAGAGGUCUGAGAAAGGAAGGUGUGGGGGCACAAAAAAUCAAGAAAUCGAACAGCUCGGAAGGUGAUUACUAAGAAAUCCUGUCCCACAUAAACUCAGAAAUAAUAAUACAAUAUUGCUUGACUGCAUUCAAGCCAUAGGGAGAGAUGUAGUAAGUUUUUUAUCUUCUUGUGACACUGAUGAUAUGCCAAGCACAUACGGUAAUGGGCAGAGAGCCAAAACAUGUUAGCUGUAAAUACGAAAAACUGCUUAUGCAAGCUUCACUCAUGACUAAUUGUUGCUGCCUGCUUAAUUGUGUGGUUUCAUUGCCACAUGUUUCCAUCUUCCUACUGGGAUUUUUAAAAGCUGGAUGAUGGGACACGGAGGGAAUUGCUAAACCUGUGCCUUUGCCUUCAGAAAUACUGCAAAAGUUGGAGUGGGAAGGAGGGCACCGCUGCUUCUUCCACUUGACUCCUCGCCGUGCAGCAAGAUGGAACUUCUCAUCCCCAUUUUUCUUCUUGCUGUGACUUUAGUUGUGGCAAUGGUAUUCUACUAUGAACACCCCGUGGCAAAUAUCCCACCUGGAUUUAGUGAGCGCAGAAAGCUGUAUGUUCUUCAUUACGUCAUGAACUUUGGUUUCGGUAUGGCAAUAUUACUGGAAAAGCUUGGUAUCAUGUCAGAGGUCAGUUUCCUCAGAGCUAUAAUGGAUGGAAUACCACCACUAAAAGAUAAACGUCUUAUUAUCAAGGACUUAAUCUUUGAAAACAUUCAAGUAAGACUGUACCAGCCCAAAACAUCGACCACUGGCCAAAGGAGAGGGGUCCUCUACUUCCAUGGUGGGGUUGGACGGUUUGGAAGCAUUCGGGCCUAUGAAAGAACAUGCCGCUAUCUUGCUAGGAAAACCAAUUCAGUGUUUGUGUCUGUUGGGUAUCGCCUAGCUCCUGAGUACCCAUAUCCAACCCAAUUCCAGGACUGUCUCACUGCCACCAUACACUUCAUGAAGACAGCACAAGAUUACGGAGUAGACCCUGCCCGCAUUAUUGUCUGUGGAGACAGCAGUGGAGGUACACUCACUGCUGCUGUUGCCCAAGCACUGGUGAACAGAAAAGAUGUCCCAAAGCUGAGAGCACAAAUCUUAAUAUAUCCAUUUCUCCAGGCUGCAGACUUUAAUUUGCCUUCUUAUCAGCAGAAUGCCAAAAUUCCUGUUUUGAUAAGGGAACGAACCCUCAUUCUUGGUUUGAAGUAUCUCAAUAAAGACUUGUCUGCUGUAAAUACAUUACUUGAGGGUUCCCAUAUUUCAGAAAAGGGAAGACAGAAGUAUCAUAAAUGGCUGAGUGUUGAUAAUAUUCCUCACGAGUUUAAAACGAGAGGCUACACACCUCCAGGCCCACCAGCACCAUUCUCAGACGAACUCUAUGAACUGGCCAAGCCUUUUCUUGAACCUUUAUUUUCACCACUGCUGUGUGAAGACAGUGUCAUUGCCCAACUUCCUGAGACUUUCAUUCUGACCUGUGAAUACGAUGUGCUUAGAGACGACGGACUGCUGUACAAGAAACGAUUAGAGGAUCACGGUAUAAAGGUGACCUUGUGCCAUCUGGAAGAGGGGUUCCAUGGAACAGUAUUCUUAGCUGCUUAUGGUAAGGUGGCAAGAUUCCAAUCUGGAAUUAAAGGCAUGGAAAAGAUACAAAAAUUCCUAAGAUUGAUGUAAACCUCCAUUAUUUGCUUCCCCUUCCUGAUUCCUAUCUCUCCCUACUUGCAAAGAUUUUGUAAAAAACACCCUCAGCUUUCCUUCUGUUAAAACAUCUUCUGAAACUUCUGCAUUGGCUCUGCCUAGUUUUUACCCAAGAAAUUGAUUUUGUGACAGUUUUCACUUCAUUUUUACUUAUGAUCAAAGAAGGACAAUAUCACUCGAUUUUGCCUACCAUCUCUUCACAGUUUUCUCCACUACCCAUAAGAGGUCUGGUACCCACGACUAAUGGUUCACAGUGCAGUUUGGCUUAAUAAACUUCUGGUAAUAUAAAUAUAUAAAUAGAGAGUUGAGGACAACGUGAGGAGAAUGGAUCUACAAAUUAAGUGCAUAACAAGCAUGGUCAAUGAUGUAUCGAGAUCUGUAUCUGAUGAAAGCUGAGUUUGAGACAAGCUUGAAGAAAACUGAAUAAAGCAGAAAAGGUGUGGGCGAGAAUGAAGUCUCAACUUUGCAACCAUACUUCAGUUCUGGGCCCCCCAGUUCAAGAGAAACCCAGGCUUACUGGAAAGAGCCCAGCACAGGGCCACCAAGAUGAUCAAGGGCCUGGAGCACCUCUGCCGUUAUGGGAGGCUGAGAGAGCUGGGACUGCUGAGCCCAGAGCAGAGGAGGCUCUGGGGGAUCUCUUCAAGGUAUUUAAGGACCUGAACGGCGAGUGCAGAGAGAAGGGAGCCAGGCUCUUGUCAGCAGUGCCGGUGCCAGGACAAGAGGCAAUGGGCACAAACUGGACCAUGAGAGGAUCCGUCGAAACAUCAGGCAGCACUUGCGUGCUGUGUGGGUAACGGAGCAACAGCACAGGCACCAGAGAGGCUGUGGGCUCUCCUCCUUGGAGAUCCAAACCCACCUGAAAGUGAUGCUGGUGCUCUGGGUGGCCCUGAUGGGGCAGGGUGGGACCAGAGAGACACAGAGGUUUCUCCAGCUCCAAACAGGCAGGGAUUCUGGGAUCCCGUGAAGUGGAAAGACAGAAGGUCUGGAAACGAUUAAGCCUGAAAUUACAGAUGCUGCAAAAAAGUAUUGAUUAAUGCAACAUCUAUUUAAAAAUGCAUAUACGCUUCUUUAUAUAGGUACAGAAAAAUGCGAAUGCACAGUAAUAUCAGUCGCUAUACACAGAGCACAGACUGAAGAAGAAAGCACUUCCCCGCAGAAGGACGAUGAGCAGUGCCAUGGCAGAGAAAGGAGAAGGAGGGAGAAAAAAAAAUUUAAAAAUACAAAAAAAAUCAAAGUUCACAUUGAUCGUAAAUGGUUCACAACAAAGCUGAGAAUAAGGAUGAAGUGAAACAAAACAAAAGACUACAAUAAAGGUGCUGAGAGGAAGAGAAAUGACACCAUUUAAUGCACGUUGGACAAGUCACGGUUCUAGAGAGGGGCUUUCCUCCUCACUUGGCACAUAAAUGCUCUCCUGCAGUAGGCUUUAAAGGUUUGAUACGAAACUUGAUAUUGAACCAUCACAGAUUAUUCUUGUGCAAUAGCGACAAAGCUACUUCUCAGCAUGAUCUUGUUCUAAGCUGCAUUAAUGUAGAGAAGCAGAGAAUCCUCACACUGAGUGCUGUAAGUCUCUUUGGGAAAUACCCUGUAUGUACUCUAUUGUUUAAGAAAUGAGGUUGAAUUUCAUUAAUACAGUCAAAAAGCAAAAGAAAGAAAAAAACACAGGGAGAUAGAGGAUACAGCAGAGUUUAUUUCCUCGGGAAAGGAGGCUAAUGAGCAUACAGCUUUCAAAGAAAAAGGGUAGCUGAGAGGCAGAUAGCCUGUAGUAUGCAAAAUAUUUAUGGUUUACUUUUUCUAGAAUAAUCUGAGUUACUAAAUGUCCUGAUUUCCAGAUUUUUCAACAACACCCUUAGAAAGAGCAAUAUCUUGCUAAAACCAUGGAAUCAUAGAAUCACCAAGAUUAGAAAAGACCUCCAAGAUCAUCCAGUCCAACCAUCCACCUACAACCAGUAUUUCCCCACUAAACCACGUCCCUCAGUACAUCUAAAUGUUUCUUGAACACCUCCAGGGACGGUGACUCAACCACCUCCCUGGGCAGCCCAUUCCAGUGCCAUUAAACCUAGGAUUCCCAGCUGUCAGUAAAGUCAGUUAGAAUGCUACAAGUGCAUGAAGAUAAGAGGAGAAUGAGUUUAUUGUCCAUGAUUAGAAAUGAUGAUAAACUCUGGGAGCUUAUCAGGACGAGCAAGGUUCCAAUCAGAGUAUACCUGAAAUCUGAAAGGUUUUCUCUGACAAUGUUCUAUUUUCAGAUUUAUAUUCCUUGAUGUCUAAUUAACACAAAUAAUUGCAUGAAAUAUUUUACAUCUACAUUUUACCUGCAUUGUGAUAAAAGCAGUUUGUGCACAUGAUUUGGUGUUUAACUUAGGUCUGUGCUGAGGAUUCACAUCGAUAAUGAAUUCCUGAGACGGAAGACAAAUUCUCAAAUGAAAAUGUCAUUGUGAUAUAAAUAGACUUGUUGCACUCAAUUAACUCAUUUCUUAUUCUGAUAUUAGACAUUCGACAUUAUUGUAUAUAUUUUCUACCCACCACUGUCUUAUUUAAACUAUAAUCAAAAGCAAAGAACGCUGCUAACAAUUAUGUAAGGGAAGCCUUCAGCAAGAAGAUGCAAUGGAAGGAUGUUCUCCAAUGCUUGGCAUGGUGACAUUAUUUAUAUUCAGCUAAUUGGAAAAUGAAGCCUGCCAGAACAAUGUGAAUGCCAUUUGGUUACACUCGUAAAGAUUAAUUGAAAAAAAAAAAAGAGGAAAAUGUACGAGGCUAUUGCACA